AUGUCUUCACUGGAAGAGAGAGACGUGGGCGUUGCGGCCGCCCCUGGCUCCUCCUCGGCCGGCCUGGGGGUCGGGGCCGUGGGGGCAGCGGUGGAGGCUGUCGCCGGGGUCGCGGCCAUGCAGGACGAGGUCGGAAUACGUCGAGAAGGGCCUGAGCCUGACCCAGAAGAACCACCCAAGAAGAGGGUGAAAGUUCCCGAGGGAGAGUCAGGAAAGCUGGAGGAGAGACUGUACUCAGUGCUGUGCUGUACCGUGUGCCUAGACUUGCCCAAGGCUUCUGUAUACCAGUGUACCAAUGGACACCUGAUGUGUGCAGGCUGUUUUAUCCACCUCCUGGCUGAUUCUCGUCUCAAGGAGGAACAAGCCACGUGUCCCAACUGCAGGUGUGAGAUCAGCAAGAACCUGUGCUGCAGGAACCUUGCUGUUGAGAAGGCUGUCAGUGAGCUGCCAACAGAAUGUACCUUCUGCCUAAAACAGUUCCCCCGCUCCAGCUUAGAGAGACACCAGAAAGAGGAAUGCCAAGACAGGGUGACUCAGUGUAAGUACAAGAGGAUUGGCUGCCCUUGGCAAGGACCGUUCCAUGAGCUUCCAGCACAUGAGAGCGAGUGCUCCCAUCCCACCAAGACUGGUACAGAGCUGAUGGGAAUACUGGGGGAGAUGGACCAGAACCACCGCAGAGACAUGCAGCUCUAUAACAGCAUCUUCAGCCUGCUGUGCUAUGAAAAGAUCGGUUUUACAGAGGUGCAGUUCAGGCCGUACCGCACCGAUGACUUCAUCACUCGUCUGUACUAUGAAACGCCACGCUUCACUGUUCUCAACCAGACGUGGGUGCUGAAGGCCCGUGUCAAUGACUCUGAGCGAAACCCCAACCUGUCCUGCAAGCGCACCCUCUCCUUCCAGCUCAUUCUCAAAAGCAAGGUGAACUCUGCCCUCGAGUGCUCCUUCCUGCUGCUGAAGGGGCCAUAUGACGACGUGCGGAUCAAGCCAGUCAUCCACCACCACUCCUUCAGCAACGACGCCAACGAGACCGACUACGUCCCUCUGCCCAUCUCCGAUUCGGUGGAGUGCAACAAACUGCUGGCCGCCAAAAACAUCAACCUGCGCCUGUUCAUCUUCCAAGUCCAAAAAUAAAGAGUGAGGGAAGAGGAGGAGGAGGAGGAGGAAGAGGAGGAAGAUGGAAAUGAAGAAGAAGAAGAAGAAGAGGGGUGAAAGCGGGCAAGGAGCGGAGAGAAAGGAGUGAUGAAGAAUAAAGAGAGACACCACUGAACCACUGAUACCUCUUAACACCUACACAUAUACUCACUCAGACACACACACACACACACACACACACAUUCAUGCGCCAUAGACACACAUACCUACACCACUAAUUACACUUACCUCCUUUUACAAGAUAGUGAGACCCCUUGUUUGGGGAGCUGUGAGUUGCUAUGGAGAUGGGUGGGCAUUGUUAUGGGAUGGAGGGGCGGGGUGAAACCUGCAAAGGCACCACAGGUGGUGGGGCAUGUUGGGGGUAAGGGGUGAGGGAGGGGGAAGCGGUUCUGGGGUGGUUGGUGUGUCCCUGAGGAGGCUCAUUGAAGUGUUUGAGUCUGACCUUUCACUCCCAACACCCGCAGCCAAAGGUAGCACACACACACCGACCAAAGCAGGAUUUGCUGGGUGCGUUUGUUGCGUGCAUGUUUGUGUGUGUGUGCGUGCGUGUGUGUGUGAGAGAGCGAUAGAGAGAGGGGAAUAACUACGCAAGAAAGAGAGUUAAGUGACGGACCCUGGAGUGUGGCCCAAACUCUGUUUUUAUGCUGAAAUGUCCCAAAGAUGUGAUAAUGUGAAAAUAGAGUGAUCAACUCUACUGAGCUCUUCUUUGGACAUGUGAAUGGAUGUGGAGUGUGUAUGUGUGUGUGUGUGUGUGUGUGUGUGUGUGUCUAAGUGAGUGUGUGUUUGACUCUCUCCUACACACUUUACGCCUGAGUGUAGUCAACCAUUUGUUUCUGUUUUGGCUAAGUGUCUAUGUUGCAUCUCAAACUUGGUCAGAACAGAUGGAAGACAGCGUCCCCCUCCCUCCUUCCCAGUGACCCCCCUUUUACCUUUCAGCUAGAGGAGAGAUGGCCUGGCUGCAUGCAUAUUUUAGUUCUUCGACUUAUUCCUCCAGAUGUGAUUAUAUUUAGCCUUCAACACUAAUACCAUUUUUAUUUCUCUUAACCCUAAAUAUUUAAGUACCUGUGAACUUCUUUCUUUUUAGUUGGGUUUUAGCGUGUGUCUGGCUGCCCGUGCGUGUGUGUGUUUGUGUGUGUAAUCAGAUUGUAACGGUGAGAUUGUUGUGGUCAUGUCCUUAUGUGAAAAACAGUACAAUCCUCGAGUACAUGACUAGUGUGGCCGGAUUACCAGACCUUUAAUGACCCCCAAAAGCCCAAGUUUAACUGUGUGUCAGUUGAUUUUUGCUAAUUUGAUUAUUUGCAGAUUUGUUUGGGAAGUUGCACCCAUUAAAUACGAUAACAACUGGGUCCUACAUUACUACACAAUCUAGGUCUAAAGCUUUUUUUGUUUUUGUAGUUUAUAUCGUGUUCAUACGUGUUUUUCUUUCUUUUUAAAAAGUGUGCUUAUUUUCCAGUUUGUUUUGUUGAAAGACUUAAUUUCCAGGUAGUAAUAAGACCUAAACUGAUAAAUGAGCCCGGCAGUAUGAGUGUAUAUGUUGGCUGAGAGGUGGAAAGAGAUUCAAAUUAGCACAAACUACCUGACAUAUAGAAAACCUUGGCCAAGUAGAGUUCCAGUAUAAGAGUACUGGUUGUAUUUGGGUGUCAGUGCAAAAUAAAAGCAAGCUGCUGUGUAUAGUGUGAGCCAUGUGCACUGUACCAGAUGACUGAACUUAGCGGCAACAGGGUCCCGACAGCUGAUUUUUGCUCUGGGGUCCACAGGGACGAGUCAACAUCAACAAGGAGGGUGUAACCACAAACUGUGAGCGCAAAGCGUGAGGGCACUGUGGACUUCUUCAACUGCCCCCUGGAGAAGACUUUUCUGGAAGAUCAGACUUUGGAUUUUGAUAGAUGGUGUGUGUGUGUGUGUGCGCGUGUGUGUGGCAGGGGUGGGGACAAGGGGGUUUACCUUACCACAGUGACAUAUUAGUGUUAGACUUACUUGAACGAGAAGAUGUUACUUAAGUAGAUUCUACUGUAAAGCAGAUAGAUCUCUCUCCUCCUGACCUCUACUUCCUGUAAAUCUGUGUUUUAAUGCUUCGUCUCUAUGCCAGUGGACUCACUCAUCUCACUAUGGCUGUACAUGUGCCUUUUAUUAAAGAUCAUGGAACCUGCA